CGAUUGGAAAAAGAAUCUAACACUCUUGCUAAGGAAGAAAAUAAUAUAAAAGAGCGCGAUGUGUCAGCUAUGUUGAGUGAUCGACGAUUUAAUGAAAAGCUUGGGUAUCACUCUCAAAAUGAAGGCGAUACUGAAUCUGAUCCAAGCGUUUCUAAUACAGAUGAAUUUGUAGUGCGUUAUGAAAGUGCUGGACAUCAUUUGCCAAGAAUCUUAGAGCCAUCAAUUUUUGGCUUUCAACCUACCAACGAUAUUACAAAAGUAGUAGGCGAUUUCCUAUAUAAUCAUGUUGGCAGAGAAUAUGUAGAGGUGACAAUGAUUUAA